CUUAACAGGCCGGACCUUCCCGGCGGAGUCAGUCAGGCUUUCCGCAACAGACUCCUCUCGCAACGCGUCCGCUAACUCAGCCAAACGAUCCCGGCCGGCCACCGGAAACGCUCUCCAGAGAUCCCCGGGGCUGCAGCGGCAGAGAGCGAGGGCGGAGUGCCAGGGGCCGUGGGAGGAGCAGGAAGGCGGGCAGCCUUCACAUGGCCCAGGGGCAACACAGGAGCGACCCACGCUCUCGCUCCCAGUCGCUGCAGCCUCGGGCUGAGCGAAACGAGCGGCGUGCUGGAAGCGGCUGCUCGCUCGGCGCGCGGGAUUCGUACCUGAUUCCGAGACACAAGAGGCUCUUCGCGAAAACCGCCCGGAGCAUCCGGGAAGCGCGACGCCUUGGCUUCGCCCCAGAGGCUUCCGAAAGCCGGCAGUAAUAUAGUCUAUACUGAUUGAUCCUGGAGGUCAGGCGUGGAAGGAGCUGGCGGCCGCGAUGCAACUUCUCCGAGGUUUUCUGGUAACUCUUGCUCUGCAUAUGGUGGGCGCGCAGAAGAAAGACGUGGUUCUUCAGAACAGCACUACUGAUAGAGUAGUGGUAUCCUUUUUUGAUGUUUGGAAUCGCAGCUCCUGCCAGCCCUUGGAAAAACUGGUCAGUGUUGUAUCAGAAUACCCACAUGAAGUGGAGCAUGUGUUCAAACCUUCCUGUGUUUCCCUGCGUCGCUGCUGUGGAUGUUGUAGAGAUGAGGCACUGCAAUGUGUUCCAGUGGAAAUGGCCAAUAUCACCAUGGAGAUUUUACCUUUUCAGCUCAAGAAGAUCAACCCAGAGAAUCAGUUACCCUUCGUGGAGUUGUCAUUUACUGAACACAGGAAAUGUGAAUGCAGGCCCCGACAAGAUGGUCUGAAGUCAGGGAGGAGGAGGAGACUCAAGGGACGCAGCAAGAAGAAGCGGGCAAAGCAGAGACCCAAAAAUUGAUCUCUGUAUGUGCCGUUUGAUGACAGUUGUUGCUUUCUCAGCCAAGGGCAGUGCCGCAAUGCCUCUAUUUCAUUGCUAAGUCCUCUUCAACAUUCUUCUGCAAUUACAAUCUUGACUGAUGAAUUCAGGGGGCUGAUAGCAGCUUGCUCACUUGAAGUGCCAGAGCAAAAAGGGAGGAGUAAAGACAACAUCCCAGUGAGAAUAGGUCAGGACAUUCUGAAGGAGACGUUUUUUUUAAAUAAUUGCAUCAGAGGACUGCCCCAGGACCAAGUGAAGACCCUGUUUAUUUCAGUCCAUUCCCUGCCUACAUAGAGCUAAUAUUUCACUCUGAUUUCUGCAGAAUUGAGAGUAAACAGAAAUACAAGAAAGCAGCAGCUGUUUUAUGUUUUAAAUAUUUGGAGUUUGGGGAACUUAAACUAUUAAGACAAAUGUGAAUACUUCCUCCUGAAAUAUCUGGAUAUUAUCUCUCUGUUGGGAAUUGAGAAAGGAAAGGGAAGAAAAGUUUGAGCGAAAAGGUUUAAGUCAAGGUCUACUUGUAUAGCUGGUUUGGGGAGGGGAGGACAGUUGUUAAAAAAAAAAGUUCUCAAAGUAGGUAAAUUCUCUGGUCAGCCACAUUCUAGACAACCCCAUAGCUGAUUUAAGCAGGUAUUUCUGCCUGUCCAUCUCAUUGUACAAUAGUGCAGGUUCACAAUCAGUUAUAAAAGAAAGUAAGUUCAGGUGAGCUUUAAAAUGAUAGUGGAACUGAACACAGAAUUAGGUCUUGUUUGAUCCUGAGAUAUAAGUGCAUAUCUAAUAAAAAUACUAGCCUUAAUAACUGCAAGAAAGUGUGAAAGAUCACUCUAGAUUUUAAAUUAGCUUCUGUGAUCAAUUUAUGGAAAACUUAUUUUUAGAGACUGUGGCUAUCCAAAAAGCACAGAUAACGAAAAGAACAGAUAACCAUAAAGACAGGUAUUAUGCCCAUCUUACAGUAUAUAAAUUUCCUGAGGUUUGAAUAAACCUGAAAGAGAAUUGUGACAUGUAAGUUAAGAACUAAAAUAAUGGGAAAUUGAAAUAUAAGAAGUUUAUAAAAAGUGUAAUGGCAUACCUUUUGCAUGCAACUCUUACAGUAAUUUGCUAUGAGAUGUUGGGUGUGUGUGUGUGUGUGUUGGUUUGUGUGUCUGUUUGCAGUGUGAGUGAACUCAGGCUGAAAUAGGUGAAUGGGACAUAGUAACUGUUGGUCAAGCAAGCAUCAUUAUGUCUUGAUUAUUCCUGUAUCUACAGCUGUUACUGAUUCAUAUGAAAACAAGGUAGAAUUUUCCUAAGUCUCUGCAUUUUUGAACUGUUAUAUCUGACAACAUCCAUGAAAGGACACAGAACUAAAUAGACCAUCAGUUUAACCCAAUGAAGUAUAUUGCUUCCUAUAGUAACUUAAUGGCAAUAUAUUCUUGGCCCCCUGGAUUGAAAGCUCUUCUUUUAUGUAGUAAAGUAGUGCAUGAGUUCCUGCUUUUUCAGUCAAUGCAGUGCAACAACUUUCCAAAUAAAUUAUUCUAAAUAAAAUAGAAUUAGGGACCACCCUAGUCCCUUGUCUGAAAAAGCACUCCAAGAACUUGUCUUCUCCGGAUGUAUGAGAGAUAAAUUCCAGUUGUGAUCCUUCUGAAUUGCUGAAUGAUUUACCAGAAAUAAAGACACAAUCCAAUAUGUUGGUCUGCAUGCUUCCUAUGUGACUUGGGGCAAAUGAUUCAAAGCUGUUCCUUUGCAAUGUGAGUGUGAUAGACAAAGAAACUUGUAAUAAUAAAGGCACUAUGACUCUU